AUGAUGGCUGGGACUCCGGCGACGCCGAAUUCUAAGAUUCAUAGGACUAUUUGUUCCACUCCGGGUGGUUCAAGAGUUCGUGAGGAGAAAAUCUUGGUCACUGUUCGAUUGAGGCCGCUGAACCGGAGAGAGCAGGCAAUGUAUGAUCUUAUUGCUUGGGACUGCCUGGAUGAGAACACAAUUGUUUUCAAGAAUCCAAAUCAUGAGAGGCCUGCUAAUCCAUACACAUUUGAUAAGGUGUUUGGCCCAACAUGCUCAACUCAGAAGGUUUAUGAAGAAGGGGCCAAGGAUGUUGCUUUAUCUGCGCUUACAGGGAUGAAUGCAACAAUCUUUGCAUAUGGGCAGACCAGUAGUGGAAAGACAUUCACCAUGAGAGGAAUCACUGAAAAUGCUGUCAAGGACAUUUUUGAACAUAUCAGAAACACACCAGAGAGGGAGUUCAUUCUUAAAUUUUCUGCACUGGAGAUCUACAAUGAAACUAUUGUUGACCUUCUGAAACGCAAAUCUGGCCCCGUUCGACUUUUGGAUGAUGCUGAGAAAGGGACCAAUGUGGAUAAAUUACAUGAAGAAAUUAUUGAAGAUGGCCAACAUUUGAAGCAUUUGAUUGGAAUUUGUGAAGCUCAAAGGCAAGUUGGAGAAACUGCCCUAAAUGAUAAAAGCUCGAGAUCACAUCAGAUAAUCAGGCUGACUAUAGAGAGCAGCCUCCGAGAGAGUUCAGGUCCAGUGAAGUCCUUUGGAGCUAGUUUGAACCUUGUGGACCUAGCUGGAAGUGAACGUGCCUCCCAGACAAAUGCAGAUGGUACAAGGUUGAAGGAAGGUAGUCAUAUUAACCGCAGCUUGCUAACACUCACAACAGUUAUCAGGAAGCUAAGUGGUGGAAAGAGAAGUGGCCACAUACCGUACAGGGAUUCAAAACUUACACGAAUUUUGCAGUCUUCACUUGGGGGGAAUGCUCGGACAGCCAUUAUAUGUACUGUAAGCCCAGCUUUAAGUCAUGUAGAGCAAACAAGAAAUACACUAUCAUUCGCAACUAGUGCCAAGGAGGUCACCAAUGCUGCGAAAAUAAACAUGGUAAAAAGGAUUAGCAGCUCUUGUUUCCAUAAUUCACAGAGAAUAGCCAGACUUGAAGCAGAGCUGAGGAGUCCAGAGCCUUCUGCGCUUAGGUCCAUACUAGAAGAAAAAGACUUGAAAAUCAAGCAGAUGGAGAGGGAAAUGGAAGAGCUAAAGCGACAAAGAGACCUUGCACAAUCACAACUUGAAUUAGAACGGAGUGUGAGCAAAGUGCAGAAGGGAUCAAACCAAUGUGGACCUUCUUCUGAAGUCGCUAGGCGUCUUUCUUUUCCCGGAGAGAAUGAAACAGUUGCUACUACUCCACAGUCUCGUACAAGAAAUGCAGUUCGAAGGCAGUCAAUUAUGAGGAGAUCAGUAAAUUCUACAGAUCCAUCCAUGCUUGUGAAUGAAAUCCGAAAGUUAGAGCAGAGACAGAAGCAGCUCGGUGAUGAGGCAAAUCGAGCACUUGAAGUACUUCACAAGGAGGUAGCCACCCAUCAACUGGGAAAUAAAGAAACAACUGAAACUAUAGCAAAGCUGCUGUCUGAAAUAAAGGACAUACAAGCAGUUAGCUCCAUUCCGGAAGAAUCUAUGAUUGGAGGUGAGGCCAACCUGAAAGAAGAGAUCACUCGAUGGAAAUCUCAGGCAGGCAACAUUGAAUCUUUAGAAAGGAAGCUUGAGAAUGUUCAGAAAUCUAUUGACCAGCUGGCUUCUGCAUUUGCAACUAGUGAGGAAAUUCCAGAAUGCAAGACACCGUCAAAAAAGAAGAAACUCAUUCCUUUCAGCCUAAGCAAUAGUGCAAAUAUGCCGCAUCUGAUUCGGUCUCCUUGCUCACCUAUGACCCCUUCGCGUAAAGUGAUGGAUUAUGAGACUGAGAACAAGGUGCCCCAGAACAAUGAUGCUAUGCCUAGUGAUGACGUCACCAUGUCUGGGAGGUUUAAAUCUACUCCACCAAAGAGUGAUGAAAAUGGUACCCGUAAAUCGUCCAAAGAGAGAAGUCCUGCUGCUCCACAAUCAUCAGUUAAUGUGAAGAAAAUGCAGAGGAUGUUCAAGAAUGCUGCAGAGGAGAAUAUACGUAGCAUUAGAACUUAUGUUACUGAGUUAAAAGAACGGGUGCUAAAGCUCCAAUACCAGAAGAACCUUCUGUUGUGCCAGGUAAUUUCGAUGGAGGAGGACAAAGAAGCUGGAACUGAAGAGACAGAUAAAAUCAAUGAAUCUAUUCCUUUGGCAUGGCACCUGACUUUUGAAGAGGAUAGAAGAGAAAUUGUCAUGCUAUGGCAUUUGUGCCAUGUUUCAAUUACUCACCGCAGCCAAUUCUAUCUGUUGUUCAAGGGCGAUCCCUCUGAUCAGAUAUACAUGGAAGUUGAACUCAGAAGAUUGCAAUGGUUGGAACAACACUUCUCUGAUCUUGGUAAUGCAAGUCCUGCACUUUUAGGCGAUGAACCUUCAGGCACUGUUUCAGCAAGUAUCAAGGCUCUUAAGCAAGAAAGGGAGUAUUUGGCCAAGAGGGUUAGCUCUAAGUUAACAGCAGACGAGAGAGAGUUGCUGUAUGCUAAAUGGGAUGUCCCGCCAGGAGGAAAACAAAGGAGGCUGCAGCUGGUAAACAAGCUGUGGACUGACCCUCAUAACAUGCAACAUGUACAAGAGAGUGCAGAAAUAGUUGCCAAGCUGGUUGGCUUCUGUGAAUCUGGUGAACCUGUUAGCAAGGAGAUGUUUGAACUCAAUUUCGCGUGCCCUUCCGAUAAGAAGACAUGGAUGGGCUGGAAUUUGAUAUCGAAUCUUCUGAAUCUGUAG